UCACGGUGAUGUAGCGAAUCGUCGCUGACGAGCGUGAGAAGCUCCGUGCUGCCGUGUGGGCGACUUGCAGUGGUGGCGAAUCGCGGCAGAGUCGACUCCUUCCUCACCCCAGCGGGCCCGCGAGAGACACCGAGACGCUGACGCAGCCUCCGUCCGCCAGCGAAAGGGGGCAGCGGCGGCGGCAGCGGCAGACAUGGUGGUCCUGGAUGGCAGUGACGUCUUGUUUCGACUGAGAGGCUGCCUGGACCUGGAUAUCGUGUUCCGUGACACUAAAGAUGACAGCAUCGAGGAGGCCAUUGUUGAGGCAAUGAAGGGUCUGCGGCAGAAGGUGGCUUCUCCAUCAGUGGUUUUGCACGUGGAGAAGAGUGCCGUGUUCGUGUGGCCUCAUGCAGGAACCUCCACCCUCCCCGACCAACUCAAGGAUGACACUCCAUGCCGCGUCCUGUUGCAGUUCUCGACGGAUGCUGCUGAGACCCAAAAGAAGCUGCAAGGCAAGAGGAGAGAGAGAAAGAUUCAACAGCCGCUGGUGAACGUGAAGCUGCUGCUGGAGCUGACGCGGGCGGAGGGGAUGGCAGAGCGGAGCCCGGCUCUCCACGUGACAGAGCACCGCGGCCCCGCGCACCUUGCCCGCCUCCGCCUCGACGUGCUCUCCACCUGCCCCGCGCUGCACACCUGGAAAACGGCAGUUGGCGCGCUGAUGCAAGCCGUGGAGCAGCAGCUGUAUGAGGCCGAGGAGCACGCGCUGCGCUUCCGCUGCUUCGCGUCGCCACGCGGCGGCACCACGGCCGUCGUAGUCGUGCCGGAGCCGCUGCAUUUCAUUGUGCCGCACAGAGUGCUGGACAAGCGCGGAGAGGGAGAGCGGAGAGAGGGAGAGCGCAUCGUCACCGUGAUGCUGCCGGCCGGCGUGGGUGAUGAGAGCCUCAUCGACUACCGCAGGGAGCUACAUGCACGCUUCUUGCUGCCGGCCGACCGGCCUCUCUUCCGGAGAGCCAACGUGCACACGUUCCCAGACGAGCAGCGAGACGACGGGUACCUGCGGAGCCCACACCUGGGCCUCCGUUCACCUCAGGUGGAGAACGUCAAGAUCCUACUGGUGCAGGGCACGUACACCUACCACCACUACAUGCAGGAGCGUGUAGAUGACAAGGGCUGGGGCUGUGCGUAUCGUUCCCUGCAGACCAUCUGCUCCUGGUUCAAGCAACAGGGCUACACACAGCGCGCCGUGCCCUCACACAGGGAUAUACAACAGGCACUGAUGGACACGGGGGACAAGUCCUCUUCGUUUGUGGGCUCCAGGCAGUGGAUCGGCUCCAUUGAGGUUCAGACUGUGCUCAAUCAACUCCUCAAUGUCACCUCCAAGAUCAUGUUCAUCAGCAAAGGCUCAGAAAUGGCAUCCACUGGAAGGGAGCUGUCGAUGCACUUUGAGAAUGAAGGAACCCCAGUGAUGAUCGGCGGAGGGCUCCUGGCGCACACCAUCGUGGGGGUGGCGUGGAGUGAGAGCUCGGGACAGAUCCGCUUCCUCAUCCUGGACCCCCACUACACAGGGGCAGAGGACCUGAGCACCGUGCAGGACAAGGGUUGGUGUGGGUGGAAGGGACCGGACUUCUGGGACCAUACUGUCUACUACAACAUGUGCCUGCCGCUGCGUCCCCGCGAGCUGUGAGCCGCGAGCGCAACGUCCCUGCGCCGCUCUGUAGCGCACCGUCCCUGCGCCGCUCUGUAGCGCACCACGUGGGGAAUAAAGAACAGACGCACAGGGGUGUCGUGUGCGCUCGUCUUGAA